AACAACACAGAGCCCAGAAACUCUCAGUCGCACACAGACUUGGAACAAGGACUUCAAUUGUCCUCUCACUUCUGUACACCAUGUCCUUCCCGCUAUUUUAAGGGGGAUAGUCUACACUUCUAUUAUUGAGCCUUACUUUUGAGAUCUGUGAGAUUUGCAGUUUUUAAAACUGAAGCAAAUUUAGAAGUUUGAAAGACUUUUUGAAGUUUCUGAGAAGGGGUUCUCUCUAGGACUCUAAGUCGGAAUGCUGGAUCCAUUGGCAGAGUUGAGGAGAACGGGAGGCUUCAGGCAGUGUGGUGGCCGGAUGUCCUGGCAGGUGCGUUGGGCUCUGUUCAGCGUGUGUGUACUGACGUUAAUAAACUCUGCCGGUCUGGUGCUGCUCCUGGUCCAGCAGAGAGAACUGUGGGCUCACCUGAGCAAGGUGGAGGAGCAGAUGGUGGAGAUAUCUCAGAGUUCUGUAGUGGAGUUCAUGACACAAGUGAAUGGAGAUGAGGCAGAGUUUCAGUACUCAAAAAGCAAGCGCAGCCGGCAACAUCGGGGGACACGGCCGAUUGUAGAUCACGAGGCGGGUCUGGAGGAGGAAGUCUUGGGUGAUUUACAGUAUCAGCGUCAGCUGAGACAUGGGCAGCUUCUCCAACACAAAACGCAAGAGCAGGAUGGCAUGAUGAUGAUGAUGACGUACUCCAUGGUGCCAGUUCAAAUUCUGCUGGACAUUUGCAACAGCACUAAAGGAGUUUGUCUGACUGGACCACCAGGACUUCCAGGCUUACCGGGUAUGGACGGAAUGCCGGGAUUUAAUGGAACAGAUGGAAUUCCAGGGUUGCCUGGAGUGCAUGGAAAACGAGGGAAAAGAGGUCCUCCAGGUGAGAAUGGUGAUCCUGGUGAGAAGGGAGAGAAAGGCGAUCCUGGACCUCUGGGACCCCCUGGAGAAAAGGGCGAACCUUCAAAUGAUGUCAUUAUAGAAGGUCCACCUGGUCCAGUGGGACCCCCUGGCUUCCCCGGUCCACCCGGCCCUCCAGGACCCCCUGGGCCCCAGGGGCCCCCAAGACACAGGAACCACAGAGCACAUGUCCACAUGGUGAAGGAGUCUGUGGGUCACCUGAAUUCAGUCCCAAACGAUGACAACAUCAGCCAGAAAAUGGCAUCAUGGAAGAUAAAUGAUUGCAUGAUAAAGUCCGUGCUGAAUCCCAGACACCUGAUGAAAAUGAGCAGCACGUUUGGAGCUUGGAUGAUGGACACUGCAGCUCAGGGUGAUGAGAAGAUCUGGGUAGCAGAACAUUUCUCAGGUCGUAUCAUAAAGGAGUAUAACAGCAUUGCAGCAUUCCAGAACAGCAGCAGUGAGUCCAUUGACGUCAGGAAGUUUUUCCAAGGUUGCGGCCAUGCUAUACAUAACGGCUCCAUGUUCUACCACAUCGCUGGAACCUUUAAUAUUGCAAAGUUUGACCUUCAAACAAAGAUCUUACACACACUGAGUAUUGAAAAUGCCCUGUAUCACAACCUGUCCUACCUCCUUCAGAACUCAAAGACGUAUUUUAAAUUAGCAGUGGAUGAGAACGGUCUGUGGAUUAUGUUUGCCUCCAGCAUUGACGACAACAUUAUGGUGGCUCGAAUGGAUGAGAAGACGUUCUCCGUCACCAGCUACAUCAACACCACCUACCCUAGGACCAAAGCUGGAAACAUGUUUAUCGCUUGCGGGAUCCUCUACGUCACGGACACUAAAGACACAAAGGUGACCUACGCAUUUGACCUCCUGAAAGAAAAGCCUGUCAGUGUCAGCUUGGAUCUGAGGGCACCUGGAGGAGUUCUAGCAAUGAUCUCAUACAACCCCAGAGACAAACAUCUGUAUGUGUGGGACAGCAGCUAUGUCAAGUCAUACCAAGUUCAGUUUCUAUCUGAUGAAUAAUUGAUGAAAUCAUUGGAGUACUUCGUUGUUUGCAGCGUUUUGUUUUGUCAUGUGAAGUCUUUUAGUAUUUUAUAGUAAAUAAUAACUAAUUAUUUAAUUUUUGCCUAUAUGCGUACCAAUGUUUCCUUUUUCUUGAGCAGAUGAUUAAUCAAGUAAAAUUGUUAAUCUAGUAAUAGAGUCAAUGCUGUAAAUAAGAUAUAUUUAUCUUCAUAUUCAUAUAUUUAUUAUUUAUGUAUAAUUUUGACUGUUAUAUUCUGCAUUUUCUUUUUUGUUUGCUAACAUGGGUUUAAAGUAAACAUUUCCUCUAUCAAUUCAAUAGGCUUCGUUCCUAAAACAUAAGCAGAACUAAUUUGUCGUUUGUAAAAUCAUUCUUCAAAAAUUGUCUUCUAAAAGAUUUACACAGCAAUUCACUCAUGUGAGAGGUUUAUUGAAUGAGGCUUACAGAAUGUAUAUAAUCAAUAUAGUUUCUAUGUAAUUUAUUUUUGAUUUGUAACUAGUAGCACCUAAUAUACAAGCAAAAAAUAAAUAUAUCCUCAUAUGUGGACAGUGUGACUAAGUUGUGAAAUUUUAAAAAAUACCAAGCUAUAGAAAGUUAGUUUUUUCAUUAAAUUGUUUAUUAUGUUUCCAGAAGUGUUGGUUAUUCAUGUUUUGAGACGUUACAGAUGUUACACCAGAAAUUAUCAUAAUUCUGAUUCAGAGUAAUGACCAGCAUCGUCCAAUCACUGCCAACCAUGUUAAAAUAAAAUUAUACAUUAUAAAUGCUGAAUCUAUGUACUGAUUACCAUUGUCCCAUGUCUGCCAAACAUGUUGAGUGGUCCAAACAUCAUCUGCAGCUUGAAACUGAACUUUUGGUCAGAUUUUAGGACUGAAUGCACUUAGCUGCAUAGAAAGAUAUAGGAUGCUCCCUUGCUCCUAAUUUAGUGAAUGACUUAACCUACAGUGUGCUGUCUGUCUGCACUGGUCUCAGAACAGUUCAGAAUGCACCUGAUUUUCAUCCUAUCUCCUUAUAAAGCCUCUGAAAGCAACAUUUUUCAGCUUUUGGUGAAUACAUUUAUUCUCAAUGUGAAAAUGCACAGUAAAUAUAUAGGAAUGCAUUUACUAAUGUUAAUGAAUAGAACCGUAUUGUACAGAGAUAACAAAAUAAAAUAUAACAACAUUUAUAUAACAACAUUUAUAUUAAAAUGAAGCAAAAUGACCCACAGAUGUGUAAAUGUUUAAAUGUAUUCAAAAUAACUAAUGUUUUUUCAACUUUUGAGGGAAUACUGUCCCAAUUUUCACGUAUGUGGACUUCAUGUUUAUCAGUGCGCUGAUGCAUGAAAAAUGUAUGCAACUUUUAAAGUGGCAUAUAAAAAAAAAAUAAAAAAAAAUAAAAAAAAUAGAGAUGCUACUCUUUACACCCAAACAGGUGUCUUGAAAAAACUGAGGUUUCUUACCAGAGGCACUUUUGUUGGCUCUGCGCCCGUAGAAGCGCUUCCAGGAAAGCAACAGCAUGCUGUGACUCGGUGCGGCAGAAGUUAACCCUUAAAUUACAAUCUAGAGUCUUGUAAACAGUAUUCAGUUGGUUUAAACUAAUUUAAAAUAAUGUGUUGCAUACAGUGAAGAGAAAAUACAACGUCCACAUGCGUGGAGGUGGGGUCGCACAAGGUUAAAGUUUGCCCUCUCAUAGAGCUAUUUCCGACCAGUUAUAUAUUUUAGAGCAAAACAUAACUAGAAAAGCUUAUAUUUACAAUAGAAAUGUCCAGACUUUUUGAGAUUUAACUCAUUUAAAUGACUUUACCAGGCCUGGAAAUCCCUAUUUUAAAACUCCCUCAUAUUUCCAGGUUUUCCAUGACUGUGGGAACCAUGUUCAAAUAGGAAAUUUCAAUAGUCUUUCUUAAAUUCGCAAUGUUAAUUUUUCUUCCAUAUUGUGAUGUACUUGAAUGAAAUAGGAUAUUCAACAAGAGACAAAAUGCAUGACAGGACUUGAAUUUAUCUAUCGUUAAUUGAUUUGAUCUUGAAAAAUGACCGUUCCAUAAUAGACUGGAGCCAGACCUGAAAAAUAUGUUUACUGCAAAUACUGUAAAUGCCUAAUACAUUUUUCAAUUUAGAACAGGGAGUCAAAUUGUCUUUAUUUUAAGACUUUGGACAUUUAUUAGUAACAACUUAGUAAAACCAAUACUACUUACGUCUUAAUAUAAUUAAAUAAACUUGAAUACCACCUAACAAAUACAAAACACACCAAUAACUUGAAUAGGUAAAAUUUUCAAACAAUUGAUAUUAUUUGAUAAUUGAUCAAAAUUAACAAACAAUCAAUAUUAAUAUUGGAAACAACCAUUAGUUAUAUUACAUUCUACACAAAAAUAAGACAUUUAAUAGCCUCACUCUUCAUUCAGUUAAUUAGAAAUUGAGCAUUAUUACAUUACUUUCUAUUAAAAAUAAGAUUUUAUAUAUUUUAUAUUUAAGAUGUAAAUUAUGGCUAAAUAGCCUUCCUUUACAUUAUUAAUUACUAUCUUAAUCAUGCUUAAUUAGUGCAUUAUUGUGGAUCCUUAAAAUAGUGUUACCCAUUUUUUUCCUUUGGAAUAAUAUACUGACGAAUUGUUCACAUCAAGUCCAAAAACAUGUAUUAAAACCGUUAAUUACGAUUUCUUGUUGACUUUAAAUUGUAGAUGUUGUGUUACACUGCAAGAACGUACGUAAGGCACAAAAUGUAUUUGACAAAUAUGGUUCAAUUUU